AUGCACUCCCUGGGCGCUUUGAGCACUCCUCUCCGCGGCGUCGUCUGCGCUGUCUCGCUGCGUCUUCCCGACUGUCCCAGACAAGACUCCACCCCGACUCCACGGGAGAACGGCCGGGACUGCCCAUUCCUGGAAUCUGCCCCGGCCUGUGGGCUGGCGGGUCCCAAGGGCAAGCGAGCGCAGUCCCCAUCAUCCAUCACCAUCGCCAUCACCACCGUGAUCCAUCACCACCGACAACAAACACCAUCAUCGAAACAAACCACACAGCUGGAGCGCACCCAUUCCGCGCUGCAUACUGUCUACACACCAUCUUCCGCCAACUGCCUGUUCCGUCGGUCGGUGUGUCGCCGCCCCGAAGAAUCCAGAGGGACCGGUGCAGCCCAGGGUGCGAAUACCCAGCAAAUCGUCACCCACGCCUAG